UAGGACACAAACAGGCAUUUAAUCGAGCACCGAUAGAAUGGCAGUCAGCAGACGACCUCUAGUUUAGCUAGUUAACGUGAACUUUCCAACUAUUAACUAUAUAUCAUUGUGCCUGCAGUGGCCUUGGCGAGCUAUUGGAUGACAAACAAUUGAAGGGUAACCUUUAGAUUGAAAAUGAUUAGAUUUGCAGCUGGAAGACGUAUCAUUUCUGGGGUUUCGGUGUGGAGAUGUCCUCAGCAGAUAACCGGAGCAGCAAACUACUCAACAAAAGCUGAGCAGCUGUUUCACUCUCAGGCCUCCUCUGUGUUACAUUCAUCCAGAGCAGCUUCCGUCAACAGGCUGUUGAGCAUCAGGCCUGUGAGCUGGCAUGCCUCCCGUCUCUGCCACAGGGAUUCACAAGGCACCUCAGUCAGAGAAAACACCAAGGAGGGCUUCAGUUUAAAGGCCCUAACUCAGGCUCCCAAACCAGCUCUGUACCUCGGUUUCUCUGGGCUCAUCCCCUUCUUGGCGGCCCCUCUCCUGAUGGCUGCCACACAGUCCUUCUAUCCUGAAGUCGCGUAUGCUCAGGUUGUUUAUGGAGCCUCUAUAGUCUCCUUCCUCGGAGGUGCCCGCUGGGGGUUUGCCAUCCCUGCUGGUAGUCCUGCUCAGCCAGACUGGAUGAACUUGGGUAACAGUGUGGUGCCUUCACUUGUGGCCUGGUUGGCAUUGCUCUGCAGGGACAAUAUUGCAGAGGGAGCCCUGGUAGUUAUCAUGGGAUUGGGUCUAUCACUGCAUUACGACCUCACCCUGCUGCCUGGCUACCCUGCCUGGUUCAAAGCCAUGCGGACUGUCCUCACUCUGGUCGCCACCUUCUCACUGGUGGCUACACUGACAUUUAAAAAAUUCUGCAUUGAGAAGAAGAUCAAAGAGAUUCAGAACUGAUUGAAUAGGACAGUUUGUUCUUUGAUCCAUAUGGGCUGAAUAAAAUGUAAAAUUAAGUUAAAAUGUGAAGACAGUCUGGUUUGUUCUUGUUGUACAACAACUCAAAGCAAUAAUUUUGUUACCUUUGGGACAUGUGAUAUCUGUAAGCAUGGCACAUCAUUUAGAAAAUAAAUAAGAGCGUUUUUGUAAGUUGCAAAAUUGGGACAGAAAUUUCUAACUUGUGAGGCUCUACAUUUGAAAUAUCCAAAUGUAACAAAUAAGAGACUUUGAGGUGAAGUAAACACGUAUCAUUUAUCAGAAAACAUUUGUAGAAUUACAGUGUUUGCUGUGUAAAGUACAGACAAAAUGUGUCCUACUAAAAAAAGAUGAUUUAAAUAUUUGACUGUCGAUUAAUAUUGCUGCUAUUUCCAUUGUUGUCCAGCUCAAGACCGAUACAAGACGAAGCACAGGUAGAAAAAGCAUGAUGGCUGCCACACAGUCCUUCUACCCUGAAGUGGCAUAUGCUCAGGUUGUCUAUGAAGCCUCCAUAGUCUCCUUCCUCACAGGUGCCUGCUGGGGGUUUGUCAUCCCUGCUGGCAGUCCCGCUCAGCCAGACUGGAUGAACUUGGGCAACAGCGAGGUGCCUUCACUUGAAAAAGGUAAUUCAAAUAUGGGAAAUUUACAUGAGCAAAUUUGAGACAGUCGAUUAACAUUGGGACUGUUUGCAUACUUUUCCUUUCCAUUGUUGUCCAACUCCAGACUAAUACAAGUCAAACCACAGCUAAAGAAAUGUCCCAUAGUUUGUAAAAUGCUGUGUUAAGUUUGUAAAAGAAAUAUUGAUAAUAUUGUUCUGUUAUUUAUUCUAACCCAUUUAUCUCUCCUUGCCCUUUUUAAUGAUUCCAGUCUGAGGCAGCAGUGAGGAUCUAAAUGAUACAGUUAGUCAUGUAAAGUUUUUACAUAUUCAUACAUGACAAUGGAUCUUGAUGCCAAAAUGAGAAUGAAUGUCUGAAUGUUUUUCUUAUCUAAAAGAAACAUCUAAAUCCAGUUAUUCACAAUGAUCCAAACAGUCACAAGUGAAAUUGGGUUUUACUGGAGACAAACGUUCAUUCUUAACGUUGAUUGUAAAUCCAUGAGUGCUGAGUUUUAGUGGCAGAGCUGGAA